CACAACCUCACUCAGGCUCUAUAAUCAUUGCUUUGUCAAUUGGGUUACGCACACCCACUCAAAUGAAUGCGCUCUAUCGCCGCUGGUAGAGGCAAAGCUGUAACUGGCCUCCGACCACAAGUCUCAUCAGACCACAUCUGGAUCAGUGACGAGCUUCUUGCAGACACUUUCGCUCACUUUACACUUCGAAAUCGGCCGACGAAACGCUACGGUAGCAAUGUGCCAGGUCCGCUUGAAGCUCGAAGACGACUAGACAAACGACGACAUACAAGCGUAGCGUCCUACGGACCAAGUGCUCCACCUCCGCCUUCACCAGGACUACUCAGCUGGCUUCUGACUCCUCCCAAGCGAAGUCACACCUGGUCAUAUGAGCCGCCUAAUUUAAGCCGGCCAUCCGGCCAAGCUCCAAUUUGUGAGGUGUCACAUUCUCAUAUAGGAGAUGGACAUCGUGACAGCGUUACCUGCGGAGAUAUAUUCAGCAAAUAUACAGAUAACAAGUAUGCACACACCUUCGAUAUUACAUGUCCCCAUGCACAUAGCGAAGAUGUACGCCGCCCGGACAUACAGAGCGAGAAUAUACCAAGCAACGACAAAUUUAGCAACAAGUUACUCCAUGACGAUACGAAGAGUGUUGAUGUACACAAGCACGAUACACGGAGUGAUGGUAGCUACAAGGAUGAUACACAGAGCGAAGAUAUACAGAGCCCAAUCUCAACUGUUGAUUCGUCAUGCCUCCUCCAUCCUCCUAUAGCAUUAGAACGAAAGAGGCCUGGCGUCCAAGCUGCUACAUCCAGGCCCGUGACACCACCCAGUACGAAUACAUGGAAAACUCCAGAUGAACUAGCAGACAGGUGUAUCGCUGAAGCUGUCGAGGAAAUGAAAGAAGUGGAUCCGAGUUUGCCCCUUCUCAUACCACGUCUCUUGAAGCCAACUUUCAUAAUGCUUCAGAACAUACAUGAAAUAUCGAUGUCCCGGUUCGAUAGAAGAAGUUCAAAAUCAAGAACGGAAGGAGUAUUGUAUCAAAAGGAACAGCGCACUCUGACCGUAGAGUAUCGAAAGCUGUAUUCCCGCGCAUGGCAACGGAUCUGCUCGGAGAUGAGUGCCAAAGAUUCUUCCCUAUCACGUCACAGUGUUGCGUGCGUGAAGCUCGUCAUGGACAUCAUGCAUGAGGAAAGUUGGUAUCUACACUCGAAAGAGCAGCUAGAACGGGAAUUUGCGACACACCAUGCGACUAGCGAGGCACUCAUUGUACGGGCACUACGACCAAUCAAAUCGAAAUAUUUCCAUUUUGAGAGACGAGUCGACUUGAUAAGCCAGUUAUUACUCGACUGUCCGCAAGGCACUGCGUUAGCGGAACAAGUCACACUUCGGCUUGCACGAGCAUACGAGCAAGAAGAGUCUCGUACUGAGAAACGAUACCUUCGGCAGAAUUUGCUAAAUUUUGAAAAGAUGCUUCGAACCAGUGCUGAAAAUCAAGACACACAUACAAUUGACCCUAGGGAUACGCCAGAUACUCAAGAGACAAUGCGUGCCGUAAGCGCUACUCGGAAGAUGAUGCUCUCGGAACUACAAGCCGUGGACUCAAGUGUCCUGAAAGAGAUGCUUGAGGGUGAACUUCUUGUCGCGGGCACCACCACCAAGAAGGGAACCUUGCUACGAUGGCUCACCUUAUUACAUCGCUAUGACCGGACCCUCCGGAGGCUUCGGAGUAAUACGAAGACGCAAGAUCUACAGAGAAGAGUUGAUUGGGACCAUUUGAUCCCAUUCUUGAGCAACGUUCCUCACGAGCACAUGCUCAAGAUAUUCCGCAUGCGGGGUAACACAUCGUGUGUUAAUAGGUACCUCCGAACUCGCUACAUCUUGCCGCACUCGGGGGGUCACCAGGACUUGGGCAAAUCCCGCGAUCAGGAUCUUGACCCAUUCAAGGAGUCGAACAUCAAUGCCACUGGUGUUGCCCAGCAAUCUCAUGCUAUGAGACGACCUCUUGUAAUAGACAUGUCAACACUAUCAACUUUCAUGCUUGACUUGCUCCAACGUCGAGCCGACUCAGAUGUCGUCCAGGAUGCAUGGAUCGCAUGUCUUGAUAUCAUAUACCGCAUGUGGGGCUCAACUGCUUUGAUACAAUUCGUACGAGACGUCAGAUCGUGCGCUCAUCCGUUUCCUCGUCUUCUCUUUUCGCAAGGAGUUAUGGAACGUAUCAUGCAAUUGCUAAAGCACCAGGCCACGAGAGCCAGGAAAUCCCAAGAUCCCACAGAAGCACUCAGGAUCAAGAAACUCACCAACCUUUAUAUGUUCCCAGACCUCUUCGACAAGCGACUACAACCUGUUUCGUCGCGCAUCAUCGAGGACGGCUCGAUGCCUGCCACUAGGCUCGUUCGCAAUAUGGGCCACGGCCGCAAAUCUGACAGCAAGUGGAUCUCUGACCCUCAGGUUGCUAAUUACCUUACCCUCUCGCCCGCUUUCAUCGAACACAUGAAUAAUAUGGCAUAUGCCAUCGCCACAUCGCCUGCCUACAGGCCAACCCAAGCUUGGCGCGGCGUGAAAUGCAUCUACUUCUUCCUACACAUUCGCCGGGCCCCGAUCCGCCCCAAGUUCACCCGCGCUCUCGUCAUGGCUGGCGUUACACGCUUCUUUCUGGAUAACCGCUGGGUCAAUCGCGCGCAAUUUGCCUGGAUCCGCCACAUCGUGGCCAAGGUGGAGGGUGAGGAUGUCGCCAUGGACUUGGAAGAUUUGUGGUACGAAUGGCGCGGCAGGCUUAUUGCUAUGGCAGCGCAGGCGUACAAAAGCCACGGGAUCGAAGGGAUGGCAAAUGUUACGAUUGCGCGACAACUGGGGCUCACGGAUCCGAAAAGGAGGUGGAAUGGGGCUAUCUACCACAAGCCGGAAGCUACGGCAUUAGUUGUCAAGACGCCGGACUCGGAAUUCGAUGUUCGCAAGAGGGGCUUUGAGGAUGUGUAGUAGUUGCACCUAGCUCGUGGACAGCGGGGGGAUUGAUGUAGUAGAAACAGAUAUACAGCAUCUUUGGAAUAAUCUUCAUAAAUCCAGGAAUCGUGUCAGAUGAGAUUAGAACAUUCGGACCAGGACCUUUGUCGAAAAGUUUCCACCAGUCCCGAUGCCGUCUUUAUAGGGUUUUUCCAGUGGUCCAUUGCUUCGUGAGCAUGUUGAAGUAGGCCGCCGC